UGCUGUGCGCCCGCAGGAGGUCUGUUCUGGCGGUCCGGACUAGCUCUGGCGGCUUUCCCCUGCGCUAGGGCAAGGUCUCCGCACUUUAUUCCAUCCCCGCGAUGGACGAGCCCGGUGAAGGGUCGUCCCCGGAGAAGGCAGGAAGGGACUCCGCGUCAGACGAGGUGCCGCUCUUUGCCGCUGCCGCGACCCCUGGGCCCGUUCUGGGAGCUGCCCAGCCCCCCAACGCGGCCCCGGAGGCAGCGGACGGGGAGGGGAAUGGGGCCUCCACGGAGGCUGCGGCCGAAGACGCCGAGGGCCAGGAAGAAUCAGAUUUAACAGGAACUGGAAGGAAGGACUCAUCAUUACUUCCUCCUUCAGCCAAGAAGAUGAAGAUAGAAACUAAAGAGAGGAAAGAGAAAAACCACAAAGUAGAUGAAGAUGAAAUUCAGAAGAUGCAAAUCCUGGUUUCUUCCUUUUCUGAAGAACAGCUAAACCGCUAUGAAAUGUAUCGUCGAUCAGCAUUCCCUAAAGCCGCUAUUAAACGGCUGAUCCAGUCUAUUACUGGCACCUCAGUAUCUCAGAAUGUCGUCAUUGCUAUGUCAGGCAUUUCUAAGGUAUUCGUCGGGGAAGUAGUAGAAGAAGCUUCUUCACCAUUUCAUGUACAGGAGGUCAAGCUACUCAAAGGCAGAGCCCUUCCAAGCCCAAGGAACCAGAGAAGAAGUGGACAGAGAGACAUUGCAACUCUCCCCUCAUCAUUUUCAGCAGCACACCAAGCAGUGGACUACCGAAUUUUCACAUUUUCUUCAUUAAGAAAAAGUCUUCUUUCCUCCCUUAACACAGGGCAUUGGAGAAGCCAUGGAAGACAGUGAUUAGAUGGUGUCAUCCUAGUAAACCUAGAGGGAGAUGAUCUGUACUACCUUUCCCAAGGGAAAAAUCCAAGACACAAUGGCAGAAGCCGCCCAGUAGAAGGAAGCCAAAAAGCUCAAGGUCUUUGAAUGCCACUUUGCCCUGCCUUUUACAGUUGUUCACAAAACUUCAACAAACCCUAGGAGUUGGCAGGAUAGUUAUUAAGGUGAUAGCCCUAGUCAUAAUUUGGCACUUUUAUUUAUCCAGCUGUGGUCCAUUGUCAAUUUUUGCCAGAUGACAUCUAUAGGAAACUUUCCCCCAUUUUCUUUGUAGGGGAAGAAAAAAACACUUAGCUAUGAGAUAUGUACUCCAUCUAGUGAGCAUGAGGUUUAACAACCUCAUUUUCAAGUUUAUGGUUCUUUUUUCAAUCCCCUUAACAUAAGAAAUGCUCACUUGGUCAGACCAAAAGUCCAUUCCACUUGGUCUGUUUCAAAAUUACUACAAAGGAUGGUUCUCUCAAUGGAGAACAUUGCCCAUUGUGAUGUAUACCCCCAAAGCUCUAACUUCCUCCAAUAAAUGAUUAGCAAGCUAUCAUAUGUGAAUUAAUCUUAAGACCUAUCUAUAUAAGCAACCUACUUAUACUCUCUGCCUGUACCAGGCAGGACAUAUAUAUUCCCCCGAUCCACAGUAACUUUAGAAAAAUUUGGUGUGGAACCUUGCUAAACUUUUUUAAAGUCUAACUUAGCUACAAGUCAAGAAAAGACUGUUAACCUUUCCCCAGUGGGUAAUGGAUAUAAAACUCUUAAAUUAUUCUAUCUAGUAUCGAUUUUUACCAGCUUGCCUGGUUACAGUUAGCCAACUGAUACACUUCCUGGGUCUGCACAUCAUGGAGGAAAAGCAAGUUCUUGUGUGGGAGAAGAGGCAAUACAUGGGCAAAAGGGUUUGUUCCCCCCCCAAAAAAAGUCACAAUUACAAAUGAAGCGAGGCUUGACCAUGUUGGAUAUUUAUACUGACGGCUAAAAAACACUAUUCGCUUCCACCCUGGUAAAUAUUAAGAGACAGUUGCUGAGUCACACUCUCAUCUACAGGGGGAAUAUAUAAGAAAGGAGGGAGAAGGGAAGAACUGAUGAGGGUUGGGACUGGAAUUGUAGAGAAAGUCCAAGAUCCUCAGAAGGUCAAGAGUACCAGGGCUCAAAACUAAGAAUGCCACUCAUCUGGAUCCCACUUCUACCAGAUCAGACCUUCAGCAGCUCUGGGUUUACCAUUUUUGUUGUUAUGAAUUUUAAAUAAACUGAUAUAGAAGGAAGAGACAAUAUUGGCAUUACACCCCUUGUUUACUACUAUUGCAUUACCACAAUGAGUUUGGUUUCUUCUUAUAGCUAACAAAUCUUCCUGAAAAAUCUGAUAGCAGUAUAUGCAAAGAUGAAAUAUGCUAGCUCCUUUUCCAAGAAUGGUAGGGAACUGUCCCUUUCUCUUACCAUACCUAAGGUGUUAUAUCUGGAUCCUCUUGAGCUCCAUCCAUCCCUCUGCAC